AAGUGAAGAACUUGGACUCGAAUAUUUGCCGGAACUCCGAAGAGAGAGUCGUCGAAUCUUCAGCUGUCCAAAGGAGUCUGCAAGCCAAAAACUUCAUCGUUGUAUCCGUCUCAAAGAUCUGCGUACCCUGCUGUUGUCCUUCUCAAGCACUGUUUGACUGAAUACUCACCCAAUGGAGCCCAUCAAGAAGGGAACAAGGGGGCCACAGUCCAAGUCGGCAUCCCCACAACAAGGAGCUGCAGUACCACCUGUCAAGCCCAACUCUCCACGUCAGUCCUCUUCACAGUGCAGCAAAGAGGCACCCAAAUAUGGCCCAAGGCCAACUUUGACAACCACCACCUCCAACAGGGCUGCAAGGACAGCAGAUAGAAGUGCAACCCCCGUCCAACCAGCCAGGACUCCAGCUAACAAUCUUCCUCUCAAGUCAGCUCCUCCACAACCCUUCAAAAAGGAGGUAGACAGUGCUAGGUACACAGCUCACCCAAGGGUGCAGAAAGCAAAGGGUGGGGCACGCGCUGUCAGUCCAGAACAUCAAAGUGACAAUAGGAAAACUUUAGCUGCUGCUACAGCUAAAGAUGGCACACUUCCCACAGGGAUGGAGGCCACACUCAUUCCCCACCCGCUGCAUCCCUCCAUGCCUGCCUCCCACACCUCCAGAAAGCUGGACAAGGAGAAGCUGUCAGUCAUUGAGAGAGACACCAGGGGACAGCGUAAUAAUCCAAAGUGGUUUGAGUGGCGUCAGAACCGCAUCACUGCAUCAAAUGCCCACAAAAUUGCAAACAGCCGGUUUGUGAAUGGCAUCAGCAAAGAGGUGCCGCAGUCUUACCUGCGCGCAGUGGUGAGCUCAGGAUCCAAUGUUAAGACACCAGCCAUGACUUGGGGCAUCAACAAUGAGUCUGUAGCAGUCAACCACUACCAGAAGCUGAAGUCUAAGCAACUGGGCAAGGAUGUGGUGGUUGAGGACUGUGGGCUGUUCAUUCACCCAGAGCACAACUGGCUGGCUGCAAGUCCAGAUGGAAUUGUCCGCGAUUCCCAAAGCAAGCAAAUUCUCAACUGCCUUGAGGUCAAGUGUCCAUUCAAACAUCGCAACAACACCAUCAGCAAGGCCUGCACAGACAAGACCUUCUGCCUGGAACAGGUAGGCAGCUCAUCUUACAGCCUGAAAAAAAAACAUGACUACUACACACAGGUGCAGUGCCAGCUAGCAGUCACAGGGCUGACCAAGGCAGACUUCAUUGUCUACACCAGUAAGGACAUGGCUGUGGUUCCUGUGGAAUAUGACCCUGUUUUCUGGAAGCAGACAGCUACAAAGCUGGAGAUGUUCUACACCCAAGCAGUACUGCCCCACUUGGAGGCUCAAAGAAGGGAGGAGUGACAGUUUUAAAAGGCCACCUCCUCUGUGGAGACUGACCUUGCUUUGUUCACCAUGUAGAGCUAUUGUGUGCUGUGCAGAUAGAACUGUCCGUGAUUCUCAAAGUGAGAAAUAUAAAAAUUUGUUUUUCCC